CCGUAGUAUUUUAGUAGUCACGUGAUGCUCUUUCUGUGUUCGACUUUGGUUCGAACCGUUCAAUACGAACAACCAAUAUGGCUGCGCCUACGAAGCAUGCAUGUCAACAGUUUUAUCAAAAUAUGCAGCAACGGCAACCUCCUGGUUUUCCUUGGCGUGGUACCAUGCACAACGGCCCAAGAAUGAGAGGCUAUUGCCGACCUCCGGUUCCUGGCUUCGGAAGACCCCCCUUUUCACCACCCUUCAGAGGAAACCAGCCACCACCGUGGCGAACUGCGGGCGAGAUGAGCGACUGCACAGACGAGUUCCAUCACCCGCCAGAUCCAAAUAUGCACGGCGCUCCGUGGAUUCGUCUACCUAAUAUAUUUAGGGGUAAUGUGCACCGUGGUCGCGGACUAAAUAACAGGCCAAAUAUGUUGAAGCGUGGCCAGUGCCCCGGCCCCAUGCGAGGUACUGGCCCGAGGCCAGGCUUCGCGUCUCACCAGCAAAUGUCACCGCAGCUGCCACAGAGAGGUCGUCAGCAGAGAAUAUCGAAGAGGAAAGCCAACAAUGAUCUUCCGUCGACAUCAAAUGAAUAUGAUGAUGGUGCUGAUGAUACCAAUUUAUCAACCACUGUCAGUCAAAAGAAAGGGAAGAAGAAAGCGAACAAGAAGGACCUGCCUGAAUAUAACCUGUAUGCUUGUGAUAUCUGUGACCGAGGGUUUCAAUCUGAAGAAGCAUAUGAAGCUCACAUACAGACACACGAGAAGUGUAGUUAUGAAGGGUGCAACUUUACAGCACAUCCUAAGGUUGUUCAGAAACAUAUCCACUGGCAACACUUGACUGGUUGUGCAGAAAAGAUUAAGCGAUUAACUACAAUGAGUGAAAUACAGAAAUGGAGAGAAGAGAGAAAAAGGAAUUAUCCAACAAAGGAGAACAUUAUGAGGAAGAAAGCCUCUUCAACAGAUAAACGGGAAAGAGGAGAAGUUCUUGAAACCAAAUCUUUUGGUAGUAAAUUUGGAAGGCUGCAAAAGAAACGUAUGCGAAAACAAGUCUACCAGGAAGGUGGAACUGACGUAGGGAAAAUGAAAAAAACAUCACACACAAGACAGGACAAUGAGGACGUGUCACAACAAGCCGUGAAGGAAGACAAGCCAGAGGUUCAUGAGAGUCAGUAUGGAAGAGCUGAUCCAAUGUCUUACUUCCUCACAGGCCAUAAUGAUGAAGACUCUGACACUGAAGCACCAACGGUAGAACCAAUAAUGAAGUCUGACCCAUCAGUUCCAGCAUUGCCUGGUGGACUGGGCACCUUACUGGCUGCAUAUGGUAGUGAUUCAGAUGAGGAAGUUACACCAUUUACGUUGGAAGUUAGAGAAAAACCCUCAACAAAAAUGGAAACUAAAGACGUAGAACAUAUCUUGGAAGCCGCAAAUGUGACGUUAAAUUGUGAUGAAGAGUGUCAUUCCGAAGAUCACAUGCAAUCGAAGGCAGACGAGCAGCCGGAACAUCGGCACCAGAUAAAUAGCAACGUAAACAAACGCCAAGGCAUGCCGCCUGCAAGGGGGCGGAGCCGGAAGCGUAGGAGAGGCGGUGGACCACAGCAGCAGCCAAUGUUGAUGCGACGACCUACUCUCCUUGAAAAGCUACUUGCACCGGAGAUACGGCAUGAAAGGAACGUGAUACUGCAGUGUGUACGAUACAUAGUCAAAAACCACUUCUUUGGAAUAGGCCAAUCAGAUCAAUCGACAAGUCCAGCCAGUGUAUGAUUAAGCUACAACUAGAGGCAGCACAAGUGCAGCUAGUUUUAUGAUGGAGGAUGUAGACAUGGAAAGAAAUGCACUGCAUAUAAUAAUGUUGCAUUUUUAUAUAUGUGGAUGUAAAAGGCAUCUAAUAACUGAUACUGAUCACAUACAAUUAAUUAGUCAGUAUUAAGCUCGGGUGUAUAGUGAAAGCAAAAUAAGUUGUAAUCAUGUAAAAGAAAAGUGCAGUUGUGAGAUUCUUGUAUUUUUAUGCGACAAACCUCGGCUAGGUUUUGUGAACUAUGAUGAAUAUUGGCAUCUGUGUAAAUCGCAUAAACUAAUAAAC